AUGGAUCGGUCACAGCCCGCGUCUUCCAAUCUCAUGGACAUCCAUGAGCGUCUAGUGGCUGAUAUCCUCACCCGCUACAGAACCCUCAUGAUGCUCGCCACCAUUCAAUCCGAAGGUGAGCGCAUCAAUGAGAAGCCAGAGGCCAUGGCCAUCACUGGCAUUUCCAUGAAGAUGGAAUUCGACGGACUGUACUCGUCAGUAAAGGAGCUCCUCGCCCUGUCGCGCAAGAUGAAGGAGCUCUGGGUCUUCGGUGCCCUCGGCAAAGACCCAGGGCACGAGGCCAAGGAUGAGCAGAUCGAGAGCGACGUCGCCAAGGUCGCUGCCCUCCUAGGUGAGGUAGAGGCCUCGGGCAUGAAGGGCCUGGCGGAGAAGUACGGCGGCACGUGGGAGCCGCUCACCGACGAGCCCGUGCCCGGCGCUCCUCCCGCGGCGGCCAAUGCCCCGGCACCUGGUGCGGCGCCUGCUCCUACGACUGAUACUCCCGGGCAGGUAAAAGCUUGA